UCCAACAUGGCGGACCAAGUGGAUGAAAAAACGAUCAAGGAACUAUUACCUUUUUUAGAUGUCAAUUCUCGUGAAGAUGUGAAAUACUUUGCUCUAGAUUAUUUCGUUGGUCUGACUGGAUCUGAAACUGGCAAAGUAUUUUUAAGAAACCACAAAGAUUUCGUGAUAAAAGUUACUCAGUUAACACGUGAUUUGAACACCCAAAUUAGCAAGCUUGCCUUAACUGCAGUAUUGAACUUAACAGCAGAGCUGCCGAUUGCAGAAAUCAUACUGGAAAACUUCAAUCUAGAAGACUUUGUUGCGUACACUUUAGAUCCUGAAAAUGACGAUGCAGAUAAAAGCGCCGCCAUUUUAAUGAACCUUACCAGGACAGAACAAGGGGCGAAAAAGCUUACCAGCGACAUUUCUUCUUCUCAGAAGUGUUCCUUAUAUCAAAUUGUGGAUGUAUUCUGUAAAAUGGACCACAAUCCUAAAGCAAACUUACAUUACCUGGCCCCAAUGCUGUCUAAUUUGACUCAGCUGAGGGAGGUUCGUGAUGUUCUUAUGGAUAGAGAACGGUGUAUUGUUCAAAAGAUGCUGCCAUUCACAACCUAUGAAGGCUCAAUCACUAGGAGGGGAGGGGUAGUUGCUACAUUAAAAAACUGUUGCUUUGACACAGAGCAUCAUGAUUGGCUGCUUGGUGAAGAGGUGGAUAUCUUGCCUUAUCUUCUUUUGCCCUUGGCUGGAGGAGAGGAGCUUGAUGAAGAUGACAUGGAAAAACUUCCAGUAGACUUACAGUACCUUGAUGAGAAUAAACAAAGAGACCAAGAUCCAGACAUAAGGAAGAUGUUACUUGAAGCUCUUUCACAGUUGUGUGCUACUGAUAAUGGUCGCAAAGUCAUGAGAGAUAAAAAUGUUUAUGUUAUUCUACGAGAAUUUCACAAGUGGGAAAAAGAUGAAGAGGUUAGCAAUGCAUGCUUGAAUCUGAUCGAGAUAUUAAUCGCUGAUGAACCACAGAAAGGAAUGGAAAAUCUUAAAGAAGUAGUUAUUCCUGAUUCAUUUAAGCCUCCAGAUAGCUGAUUAUUUAUCAGGCAAAUUAUAGUGGGAAUCACAAAGCUAUGACAAGACAGAAAUAUUUUAGGAAUUUGUAUAUGAAAAAUGAGUUUUGCCAACAUGCAAGACAGCAAAGUGAGAAAAAUAGAUUAUUGAAUUAUCUGUUUACUGUAAACAGAUCAUACAAUUUACGUUUUUGUAAGCUUUCAGAAGCUGUUUAUUUCAUUUGUGUCUYUGUCAAAUUGCAUGUUUUGUUCAUUUGUAACUUGAAGAUUUGAUCAAUUUUGCAUGUGAAAAAUAUGCACUUUGCUUAUGGUUAAUCUCACUUAUGAUUGGUCAAUUUACAAUGAACAUUCCCAAAAUAUUUCUAGGUGUUUACAGCUUUCCAAUUCAUUAAUAAUGAUAUCAGUUUUAAAUUUCUGAUAGCCUCCAAAUAAGCACAUAAUUUGAGGAUCUGCAUUUAUUGGUUGAGAAAAAUAAAAACUUUUGCAUUCUGUAUAUUUUCUAAUUAUGCCAAAUUUCAUAAAACUGUUUUCAAGAUGCCUCCUUAAAAACUUCAAUGAGCUUUGAACAUUCACAGUAUGUGUUUAAAUUUCCUGUUGUUUUAACAACUUUUUUCAAGAAUUCACAAAAAUUAUAGUGCAAGUACCGUAACAUUCCAAUGUAUACACUUGAUAUUUCUGAACUUCACUAAACUGCUUUCAAGAUACCCUGUCCCUUCUCCAACCCAACUAAGUUGAUAGUUUUGAUUGAGGGGAGUAAAACACCCAGUGGAAGUUAACAGUAUAGUAAAACUCAUUUAGUUGUAUGUCACAUUUGACAACAAGAUUUAUUAUUAUACAAAUUCACAUUUACAAUAAAUCAUAAAAUUAU